AUGGGAUGGGAAAACAAAAUACGAAACGAACUUACGAAAUGUAACUGUAGCUGUAUUGUGACAGGCGAUAAAAAGCAAAUCGAGUCCGCCGAUGUUGUUAUAUUUCAUCUUUUAGACUUAUGGUUUUUCAAAUCUCUUCCACGUUACAGGGAAGAACAUCAACUAUGGGUAAUAUUUGUCGCAGAACCACCACCUCAUAUAUUUUCCCUAGGUUUAGUAGUACCAAAUAUGUCAUUUAAUUGGACUAUGUCCUACAGGCAGGAUUCUGAUGUAGUCGUUCCAUAUGGGGAUGCAAUAGAACUACCUGAAAGCCUUCAAUCAAAUUUCACAUCGAACACACCUAUUUUUGAGAAGAAAACGAAACUCAUUGCUUCUGUUAUUGGCAACUGUUAUGACGAUGCCAGAAGAUAUAAGGAGAUAAAAGAACUACAGAAAAUUGUGUCCAUUGAUCAAUACGGUGACUGUGGAUAUUUGUCGUGUCCCUACAAUGAUACUUGUGUACAGAUUUUGAGUCAGUAUAAAUUUAAAAUCGCAUUUGAAAACAGUCAUUGUCGGGACUAUGUGUCUGAGAAAUUUUGGAGUUCUCUAAACACAAACUUGAUUCCGGUCGUUGCCUGGCGACGAAAUCAAGUAAUACGGGCUCCUUCUAAUUCUUACAUAAAUGUGUAUGAUUUCAAAACAAUGAAAGAUGCUGCAGAGUAUUUAAUCAAAGUUAGUGAGAAUAAAACUUUAUACUACUCAUAUUUUAAAUGGAAGGGCAAAUUCCGGAUAAAUUAUUCUGGGUUAUGGUCAUAUUUUAGCUCCUUAUGUAAGAAGGUGAAGUCACCGAAAGGAUUCCAAUCGAAAGUUGUAGAAAAUGUCUGGGAUUGGGUCCAAGAUGAUACAUGUUCAAUGUGGUCGGUAAGUAUACAAUAUGAAAUACGUACCUGCAAAACGAGACUUGUCUUAAGCGAUUGA